GUGAGGCCAUGCCGGGCGGCUGUGGAGUGUGGAUCUCGUUAUUCGUAACGCAGUUGAGGUCGUGAUUAGUUGAGAGUGAGCCUUUGCAGGCAAUGGUUCUCUUCUCGUGCAUACUUUUUAGACUUCACAUUAUUAAUAUUUAUUCGCCGUCGCGCUGUCAGCCGUUUUUCGAAUUGUUUUCACACUCAUUCGGGGUUUCCUAACCUCGUUUUCAAGAAGAGUUAGAAGUUUCAGAAGAAGAGGAAAAUCUUGUUUAUAUCCUUUCACAAUGGAUCGAACAUCAAGGAUUAUGUUGCGAAAGAUCAUCCUAGACUUCUUCUGUCUUCUCAUUGUUGGACUGUUUGCAUUGACAUUUUACCUCUUUGGAAAACCUUACAAAAGAGGUUUUUUCUGCAACGAUGAAUCACUCCACCAUCCAUUCCAGGAUUCCACAGUCACUAGUUCAAUGCUGUACGUUAUUGGCGUUUUACUUCCUGUAUCCACGAUGCUGCUUGCAGAAUACAUUCACGCUAGAAAUACAGGUGAACCAUCAAAGGUAUUGCUUGGUUUUAAUAUACCAGCAUGGGUAUGGACUGCCUACUGCAAGGUUGGACUCUUUGGUUUUGGGGCAUUCGCAACAAUAUUAACGACAGAUGUUGGCAAAUAUACGAUUGGACGUCUGAGGCCGCAUUUUAUGUCAGUUUGCAUACCAAACAUCAACUGUUCUCUUCCUGAAAAUCAGUAUAAAUAUAUAGAAGACUUCUUUUGCACCGCGACUCUAUCGCCAAAGAUUGAAAAAGAGCUACGAUUAUCUUUCCCGUCCGGCCACUCAUCCUUCUCAUUCUACGCUAUGGUUUAUCUUGUGCUGUACCUGGAAUUAAGGUUCACGUGGAAAGGUAGUAAAUUAUUGAAGAACGUCCUUCAAUUUAUCUGUUUAUUAUUGGCUUGGUUUACGGCGUUAACGAGGGUUUCAAACUACAAACACCACUGGAGUGAUGUUCUAGCUGGUUCCGUUCUUGGAAGUGUCGUCGCAGUUAUCGUGGCGGUGAACGUGGCAGACCUCUUUAAGGUUAGAAGAACCACCACAUCGGAGAAGCUGCACCCGGCUGCAUACGAUGUUGAUGAUGAAACACAGGGAGAGUUCAGCCCUUUGCGAUCAUCGGAACCGCCCGGCUACGGCGGAAUUAAUGGUACUGGAGGUGACGGACCUUUAACUUGACAAUAGAUUAAUUAUAAGAACAUUUAAUAUAUGAUUUGAAAAUAUAAAAGCUAAUUUUUUUUUGGUUCGCGGGCACAUUUGUGUUACGCGCAGAUCGCCACUUCAAACGGCUGCCAAAUUUGCUACUGCCAAAGUAUGUCUAAACGGGUGAGUUGUUGAACGUAACAUUUUAACCACAUAUUCUAAAGGCAAUUACGCAGGUUUGUUCCGAGGGGUUUUUUUUCUAACAACUGGCGCGCUGAAUACAGUAUGGUCGGCGUAGAGCAGCAGCGGAAAGCGAGGGAUCUAGAGUUCCUUA